UUUUUAGCAACUUGUAGGAGGAUCGUUGAGACCGCAUCUUUGUAUCUAAGAGAAAAUAAAUGGAAUGAUCAUUUAUAUUCUUGGUCCUUACAAUCAAAAAGGUAAAGGCUGCCGAAGAAAAGGUUCGGUCUCGUCGAAUCAUCUUGUUCAUUUAUAUUAAAGUCGGACUUGGGAACAUUUUCAACAAUCUUCUUGUGAUCUCUGUAUGUGGAUUCUGAUUCUUCAUUCGUGUUAUAAAUAGCCUGCAACUCUAGCUACUCCUUUCAAUCCAUAUACUUCUUCUUCUUCUUCACCUUAUUCAAGAAAAUGGACAAAGUUAUGAGAAUGUCGUCCGAAAAAGGGGUGGUUAUAUUUAGCAAGAGCUCUUGUUGUUUGUCCUAUGCGGUUCAAGUUCUCUUCCAAGAUCUUGGGGUUAACCCUAAGAUCCACGAGAUUGAUAAGGACCCCGAAUGCCGAGAGAUAGAGAAGGCACUAAUGAGGCUAGGGUGUUCAAAACCGGUCCCAGCCGUCUUCAUUGGUGGCAAGCUCGUUGGUUCGACAAACGAAGUAAUGUCGAUGCACUUAAGCAGCUCACUUGUUCCCCUAGUGAAGCCAUAUCUAUGUUAAACAACAAACAAAGAAGGUGUUUAUAUAUGAAAUUAAUUAGCUAUGGAUAUGUCAUUCAAUAAGGAAGAAAAUUGAGCCAAAUCUUUGUAAUGUGUUUUUUGGUAUUAUUAUUGAUUGUGUAACUUGGGAAAGUGCGUAUAAUUGUAAGAUUGUUAUAUUGAUUCGAAGGUAAAAACAUUUUAUGCUAA